ACAUAUCAGCACGUGCGGUCAACCUCGCUCUAUCCCAAGUCCCGUAGGCCGUAAGUCCUAACCCCAUCUCAGCUCAGAACACGAGUGUUAGAGAGAUUCACGAGUUUAUCAUGAGCCGCAAUCGCAAGCGGGACAGGCCCUACCACUCGCGUCACGUGCCGACGGCGUCGCUCGCCAAGCGGCGUCGUCCGGCGCCUCGUCGAGACGUCGAAGAGGAGAUCGUGGACAAGCCGAUACAGAAGCCAGCGCCGGCUCCGGCGCUGCUGGUGACGGGGCUGCCCAGGGACUGCUCAGUGCUGGACGUGAAGUCGCGGUUCGAGAUCUACGGGUCGAUCUCCCGCAUCCGCAUCGACCGCGAUGGGUCCGCUUACAUCAUGUACCGCGCCAAGGACUCCGCCCAAGCCGCCUUUGACGCUGCCCUCGACCCCUCUUUUGCCAUCACCGUCGAUUCCCAAAAAGUACAGGUGAUGUGGGCAACUGAUCCUCUUGCCCAGUGGAGGGAAGGAGUUGGGCUUGGUGCUAACAGGGAUAAUGCUUCGUCGUCUUCCAGGCUUUUGCGGCCUGAGGUACCUCUGAGCAGACAUGGACGAGGUAAUAAACUUGCUUCAGCUAUAGUGAACCCCAAAAGUGAUAAUGAUGGCUCUUCUAGUGCUUUAGAUGUGCCUUUCAGGGGCAGAGAAAUCGUUGCUUAUGAUGAUCUCCUUCAGAACGUGGCGACGAUGGAACACAAUGAAAAAGGAAAAGAAGCAAAGCACAACAACGACGAGGAGGACAAAGAAGAAGAAGUAGAGCGACAAGUACAAGAAAUAUGGAGUUGGGGAGCAGGAACGGAGGGGCAGCUGGGCACGGGCAGCCUAGAGGACGAGCACCUCCCUCAGCUGCUUCACCUUCCUUCUCUGGCCUCCGCUGGACCCAUCUCUUUGCUCACCUGUGGCAGCGCUCACGUUAUCGCCUUGACCUCCGCAUUUAAUUUCCUUGUUUUUGAAUUACAAGUGGGUAACUGUUUUUCAAUACACUUUGUAGGUGGUAGGGUAUUGACAUGGGGAAGGGGUACGUCCGGCCAACUAGGCCAUGGUGACAUUUUUAAUAGCUUGUAUCCCAAGCUUGUCGCUUCCUUGCAGGCUUACUUCAUUGCCCAUGUUUCUGCUGGAUGGAGCCACUCUGGAUUUGUUUCAGAUAGUGGUUGUCUUUUUACCUGCGGAGAUGGGUCGUUUGGUCAGCUUGGGCAUGGGGACUACAGGUCACAUAGCUCCCCUGUAAGAGUCUCAUACUUUGUUAAUAAGCAUGUUGAACAGAUAGCAUGUGGUAUGCGCCAUUCGCUUGUGUUGUUGAAAGGUUCUUCAGGAUUUCAAAUUUAUGCAUUUGGGUCUGGGAAGCGUGGUCAACUAGGUAUCUCCAACGAUAAGAUCAAAUCAAUUAGUCUUCCUGAAGUAACUCAUGGAUUGGAGGAUGUCAGAAUUGUUAGCGUAACUGCAAAUGGAGAUCAUAGUGCAGCAUUAUCUGUUGAUGGACAUCUUUACACUUGGGGAAGAGGGUUCAGUGGCACUCCAGAUGCUCACUUUCCACAGUGUUUACUUUCAUCUUUCUUGUUUACCAGUGCAGCUCUUGGAUGGAACCAUGCUCUAGCAUUGACUAGUGAUGGGGAAGUUUUUAUGGUCGGUGGCAACUACCAUGGAGUCCUUGGUGAUCUUGAGAAAAUGGUCCUAAAGCAAUUAUCUGAUCCCAGAGGCGCAAUUCUGGAAAAGGUCUCUGUGCUUGAUGCUUUAAAAAUUGUGCAUAUUGCAGCCGGAGCUGAGCACUCUGCAGUGGUAACAGAGAAUGGAGAAAUAAAGACAUGGGGUUGGGGUGAACAUGGUCAACUUGGGUUGGGGAAUACAUGCGAUCAAACUAGCCCUCAAGCAGUGAGCUUAAGUAGCAAUCCCAACGAAGCUGCCACAUUCAAAGUUUAUUGUGGUAGUGGGUUUACAUUUGCCAUAAAGAAUCUUUAUGAUCCUUCUCAAACCUGAUAGUCCCAUGUCAUAAUCAUUGAUUGCCUAUGUAUGUUGGUUUCUAUAAGGCAUACAUGUAGAGCCUCUGAAUCAAUUGGUGAAGGAUGAGAAAAAAGAAAAGGCUCUUUAGCCAUAUUUUUCAUAGCA